CAACCCUCGAACCGCGCAUGACCUUGCCGACCCUCAGGCUGUGUCGAUCCUGCCACCAUGGCGCGCCGCGGAAGAGGAGGAUAUGAUCGCGGCGCGAGCGACCGUGGUGGAAGAGGAGGGGGAGUGUCCGUCCGCGGCGCAGCGUCUCGAAACCCUGGCGCGUCGUCGCAAUCGAUCGGCAACAAUACAACCACUAUGGCGACCAGCUCCACGCCCUCGGCCAAACGUGGAGGUUGGAGCGACCGUGGCCAGCGCGGCGGCGCAUUCAGGGGCGUGGGAGUUGCGAGAGGAGGCACGUCAAGGGGAAGCCCAAGAGGACGGGGUGGUCAUAGGUACGUCUUCCCUUUUCUUAGGGCUUUUCAAAGGACCGGCUGGACUUGAACUAGACCUACUCUCGGACUGGACUAUUUCUUUUAUCGCCGCUUCGAUCUCCGUCUUCGAAACCGAGCCGGGCGCAGUUCAAGAGACGUUAGGCGCCGAGCAAGUUACUGAUUGUUUUUCUGCAGCACGCCCUUGGCCUCCUCAACCAACAAUGACUUCAACUCGACCCCUUUCCCUCACACAGACUACGUGCAAAGACUCAACUAUGUACGUUCCCGCCCCCGUUCGAGCACGCUCAUACUGCUUACUACCGAUGCCUAGCUUAAAAAUGAUCGGCCCCGCCAGCGCGCACAAUUGAUAAAGGAGAAGCGAAUGGAUCCCGAUGGCCCAAUGCAUCUCAGCCAGGCCGUCAAGCGAAUUGGUAUCUGCGAAGACAUGUGCCCAGAGUACGAACGUGUCCGGCGCAUUGUGGAGGAGGAUC